AUGGGCUUCUGGCAGGGCAAGCCGGACCGGCCCAAGUCGAACCUGCAGACCUACGGCGGGGAGCGCGUGGGCCGCUACGAGCGCAUCGAGCGCCACGGGCGGCCCAUCGGCGUCGUCAACGACAUCAUGGACUGCAUCUUCCUCGUCGACCUGUUCCUGAACUUCCGCACGGGCUACUACACGACGGACGGCGUGCUGAUCAUGGACCCGAAGCUCGCGGCCUGGGAGUACACGCGGACGUGGUUCCUGCUCGACUUCGCGUCGUCGAUCACGCCCGUCAUGACGGUCUGCCUGAGCCUGCUGGGCCUGUCGGCGGGGGGCGCGUCGAACAUGGGCUUCGCCAAGGUCUUCAAGCUGACGAAGGUCUCCAAGGUCUUCAAGGCGUUCCGCAUCGGCAAGUUCCUCAAGCUGCUCAACGGCGAGAGCGAGCUCGCGACGCAGGUCAUCUCCAUCAGCAUGUCGUCGUUCCUCAUCGCCCACCUCCUGGCCUGCUUCAUGGCCAUGAGCGGCGACGGCUGGAUGCGGACGUACGACCCGCGCGCGUACGACGACGACCCCGCGAGCGCGUGGAGCUGGCAGCGCCAGUACCUCGCCGCCAUCUACUGGGCCUUCACGACGAUGACGACCGUGGGCUACGGCGACAUCACGCCCGCCGGCGACAUGGACCGCGUCUACGCGAUCUUCGCGAUGCUCAUCGGCGUGUCGUUCUACUCGUACAUCAUCGCGUCCGUGUCGUCCAUGGUGUCGAGCGUGGACACGAAGAACGCCGUCUACUUCGAGAAGAUGGAGGAGCUGUCGAGCUGGAUGGACCACUACGGCCUCGAGCCCGCGCUCAAGCGGCGCGUGCGCCGCUUCUUCAAGCAGUUCUACGCCGACCACUCCGCGAUCGACGACCAGUACAUCCUCGAGCGGCUGUCGCCCGUGCUGCAGGAGGCCAUCUCGACGUACCUGCUGCACGACUACAUCCUGGAGCACAGCCUGUUCAACGAGCUGCCGGAGGGGUCGCUGUGGAAGAUCAUGCUCAUCGUGCGGAACAUGACGUUCGAGACGGGCGCGAUCAUCGUGCAGAAGGGCGAGAUCAACGUGACGCUCUUCAUCCUGCACACCGGCGAGGUCGUCAUGGAGGUCGGCGAGCAGAGGCGGACCCUCGACGCCGGCGACUCCUUCGGCGAGCUGUGCCUGCUCGGCGUCAACUCCGAGUCCGAGGUCACGGUCACGGCGCUCUCGCGCGCCAAGUUCUUCUACAUCCGCCGGGACGCCUUCCUCGAGGCCUUCUCCAACUUCCCCGAGGUCUUCGACACCAUGUACGAGAAGAGGGAACUGUUCGCCGCGAAGACGCUGACGCACCGCGGCGGCUCGCAGGCGAACCGGAAGAAUCGACACGGCACGCGAAUGCGCAACAAAACGAUGCUGGACGGGCUGCGAGAGGGCAUACUGGGCAAGGACCACAAGAACGAGAAGGUCAAGAAAAGCGCCUACACUCGUCUGGCGACGGUGAAGGAGAAGCUCAGAAAGACCGUCGGGAAGAAGUCGAAGGCGACGUGA